CGGUUGUCUUAAGAAGGAAGCACCUUGCAUUUUCCGAGAAAAUGCCAUAAUUUUCUCAUCAACCCGAGGAAAAACGAAACCCAAAAAAGAAAGGGGGUUAACAUUAACCGGACCUUUGUUAGCGUUAAUUCCCCUUUCAUGGAGAUCGCCAUCUAAACGUCAAACAUCUCACUGUUUGUGGGCCGGGACUCCCAUUCUUCGAACCCCAUCAAAUAGAUCUCCAUCUUUCUCUCUUUCUCUCUAUCUCAGCUCUCUGUUUGUGACCCUCCACCAAGCUCCUACAUCAUUACAUGCUUUCUCUGUAAUCUCUCUCUGUCUGUCUGUCUGUCUGUCUGUCUCUCUCUCUCUCUCUCUCUCUAUAUAUAUAUAUAUAUAUUUAUAUAUAUAUUUGUGUAUAUAUAUAUAUGUGUGUGUGUGUGUGUUUGUUUUUGGGUUAUAGCGGGAAUCUGUGAGCUUCUGACCUAACUUUCGAAAUCAAAAAUCUGAAAUUUUCAAUUAUUUUUUUUAAUCAAUGCAAGGGGAUUCAGAAUCCCAGAUAGGAUUCGAGUUCGAUUUCCGCAUUGAAUGAUAUCCGCAUCGUCAAGAUCUGAUAUUUCUUCGAAUUCAAUGCCGGAGCUUGCUGUCUUUAUCGAUUUCCUUACUCGUGGAUCUCGAACAUUGGCUCUUCUCUUCGUUCCACAUCUUAACCCAGAUCCGUGACCUAGAGACCUCGGUUUUUAGGGUUUUCCUGUUGGAAGUUACCGGAUUAGCCCUUAUGAUUUUGAUCUAAUACCCCUCCUUGUCCUUGAUUGAUAUUUGGUAGUAUAAUUUUUUCCAUCUUUUUUUUUUUCGUUCGUCAAUGUUGAAGCAAUUUCUCAGUAAACUUCCACGGAAGUCCUUGAAAUCCGACUCGGCCGGCAGGCCCGAGUCGCCUCGGUCGGGCUCGCCGCGGUCCAGUUCCCGAAAUGGCUCUUCAGGCUCUGGGCAGGGGACUUCCAAAUCCAACGGUGGGAAUGGGGCUACCGGUGGACGAUCCAAUGCCGCCAAACGCACUUCGUCGGCGGUGUUCCCGGUGAGUAUGGUUGCAGGAAUCGAGCCGUUGGUGCCAUUCAAGGACGUGGGCAGUACGGAGAAGAUGAACCUGUUUGUGAGCAAGGUGAGCCUUUGUUGUGUCACGUUUGAUUUCACUGACCCAACUAAGAAUUCUGCGGAGAAAGAUGUUAAAAGACAGACUUUGCUUGAACUUGUGGAUUUUGUGGCAUCUGGGUCGAUGAAAUUCAAUGAGCAUGCUAUUCUUGCAAUGUGUAGAAUGUGUGCUGUGAAUCUGUUUAGAGUUUUUCCGCCUAAUUACCGGUCUGGUAUGACCGAUGGCAACGGUGAAAACGAUGAUGAUGAGCCAAUGUUCGAUCCUGCUUGGCCACAUUUGCAACUUGUGUAUGAAUUGCUGCUUAAGUUUAUUACUUCUCCAUGUCUAGAUGCUAAAACAGCAAAAAAAUAUAUAGACCAUUCGUUCAUUUUGAGAUUGCUCGACUUGCUUGAUUCCGAGGAUCCUAGAGAGAGGGACUGUUUGAAGACCAUAUUGCAUAGGGCUUAUGGGAAAUUUAUGGUUCAUAGACCUUUUAUGAGGAAAUCCAUAAACAAUAUAAUCUACCGGUUUGUGUUUGAGACCGAGAGACAUAAUGGGAUUGCUGAGUUAUUGGAAAUAUAUGGGAGUAUAAUUAGUGGGUUUGCCUUACCACUGAAAGAGGAACACAAGAUAUUCUUGUGGAGGGUUUUGAUUCCGCUGCACAAACCGAAAUCUUUGGGGGUUUACUUUCAACAGUUGUCAUACUGUAUUAUGCAGUUUUUAGACAAGGAGCAAAAGUUAGCGAGCAUUGUGAUAAAGGGUUUGUUGAAGUAUUGGCCAGUAACAAAUAGUCAGAAAGAAGUGAUGUUCUUGGGUGAGAUAGAAGAGAUUAUGGAAGCAAUUAGCAUGGCGGAAUUUCAAAAGGUCAUGGUCCCUUUGUUCUGGCGGAUUGGAUGUUGCAUUAACAGUUUACACUUCCAGGUGGCUGAAAGGUCUCUUUUCUUGUGGAACAAUGACAAUAUCGUCAACUUAAUUGGACAUAAUCGGGAAGUGAUUUUGCCCGUCAUUUUACCAGCUUUAGAGAGAAAUGUCCAGAACCACUGGAAUCAAGCAGUUCUCAAUUUAACUCUAAAUGUCAGAAAGAUGUUUGCAGAGAUGGAUGAUGAGCUGUUCCUCUCCUGCCAUACUCAAUAUAAAGAGGAAGAAGCGGAGCUAAGCUUAGCAACCAAGAAGCGGAAGGAAGCAUGGGAAAGACUAGAGCACGUAGCCAGUCUUCAGCCAAUUGCUGGAAAUACUGCUGUUCUGGUUACUCCUUUAGCGACUUCAAUUGCUUGUUAAAAGUUAAAAUUCAAGCUUGUAUUUUUCCUCUUAGUAGCGUAGUGGGAAAUUGGAAUAGAUGUAUGAAAAAUGGCUGAUAACUGGGUUGAUAAUUUUUUUUUUUUUUUUUUUUUUUUUGGAGGAUUUCCGUUACAGCUAGAUGUUGUAACUUUUGUUCUGAUCCUGUAUGCACUAUAGUUACUGUUGGGGAUAUUAACUGCUUCCUCAGAACGCUUUCUAGAAGGGUCAUGAAAAGGAUUAACACAAUUUUCUGCA